GAAAACCAAGUAAUGACACUGAAAGAGAAAGGGAUUGCAGCAGAUUUUCUCUCCUCAACAAAAACAGCGGAUGCUAAAGUAAAGAUUCACGAGGACCUUGAUUCUGGAAAACCUUCUACAAGGCUGCUAUAUGUGACUCCAGAGUUAAUAGCAACACCAGGGUUUAUGUCAAAGCUCACAAAGAUUUAUACUAGGGGGCUGCUAAAUCUCAUUGCCAUAGAUGAGGCGCAUUGCAUCUCAAGUUGGGGUCAUGAUUUCAGACCUAGCUACCGUAAGCUUUCAUCUUUGAGAAGCCACCUACCAGAUGUACCAAUAUUAGCUUUGACUGCUACUGCUGCGCCAAAGGUUCAGAAGGAUGUAGUUGAAUCCUUGCGGAUGCAAAAUCCAUUAAUACUCAAGUCUUCAUUUAAUCGUCCAAAUAUAUAUUAUGAAGUUAGAUACAAAGAUCUAUUGGAUGAUGCUUUUGCUGAUUUAUCUAAUACACUCAAAUCUCUGGGAGAUGUCUGUGCAAUAGUGUAUUGCCUUGAACGUUCAAUGUGUGAUGACUUAUCAAGUAAUCUAUCCCAAAGUGGUAUUUCAUGUGCUGCUUAUCAUGCAGGAUUGAAUAAUAAAAUGCGAACUUCGGUGUUAGAUGAUUGGAUUUCUUCUAAGAUAAAAGUUAUUGUUGCUACUGUGGCUUUUGGGUAUGGCAUUGAUAGAAAGGAUGUCAGAAUUGUUUGCCAUUUCAAUAUUCCCAAGUCAAUGGAAGCAUUCUAUCAAGAGUCCGGCCGAGCUGGUCGUGAUCAAUUGCCAUCUAGAAGUCUGUUGUACUAUGGGAUAGACGAUCGCAAAAGAAUGGAAUUUAUAUUAAGUAAAUCGGGGAGCAAGAAGUCAUCUAGUUCACAGGAAGAGUCAUCCAAAAUAUCCCUGAUUGCUUUCAAUCAGAUAGUUGAAUACUGUGAAGGAUCUGGAUGCCGCAGGAAAAGAAUUCUUGAGAGUUUUGGGGAACAGGUAACUGCAUCACUGUGUGGAAAAACAUGUGAUGCCUGCAGACAUGCAAACUUAGUUGCUCGAUGUUUGGAGGAUCUCAAAACUGUUUGUGCUCUGCGUCAUAAAAAUGGUUCAUCUCGAGUUUUUAUAACCAGUUCCACUGCCGCAACUACUGGAGAACAGUUAUCUGAAUUCUGGAAUCGGGGAGAGGAAGCAAGUGGAUCAGAGGAAGAUAUAUCUGAUUCAGAAGAUGGUAAUGAGGUUAUCAACAACCUAACCAGGUCAAAGCUUCAAUCCAGAUUGGGAGUAAAUGAAAAGCUUGCUAUGUUACAACGGGCAGAAGAAAACUUCUAUAGAAAUAAUAACACUUAUAAACAGAACAACAAAGGUGACAAGAAUGCUAUUUCGGAUCCAAUGCGAGGAUCAAGCAGGCAAAGGUUACAAAAUGCUCUUAAACAGGUUCACCAACGGCUUGACGACUUCAAGAUUGAAGUGGAUACGUCAGCAUCUUUCCUUGAAGAUGAAUGCUACAAGAAGUAUGGCAAGGCUGGCAAAUCAUUCUAUUAUUCGCAAGUGGCAAGUACUGUAAGAUGGCUGACGACUGCCACCUCCAGCGAAUUGAUGAACCGACUUUGUGCAAUUAAUGCUUCUGCUGAAGCUGAACAGUCCCUUACGCCAGCUGAACAGCCCUUCAAACCGCCACCUACUUUAGAUCCUUGUGCAGAAGAUACCAGCAAUGAAUACUCUGGCAAUGCUAGAUCAGAAACUUCUCCAUGUAUUGUGCCAAUGGAAAGCUGUUCGUUUAAUAAUACCAACUUGCCACAAAUACCAUCCUUCUCAGAAUUCCUAAAUAGUAGGAAAACAAAAGGGGACCAGUUAAAUGACACAAAGAAGCAUUCAAGAAUCGAAAAGAGGAUGAGGAUGCAGUAAAUUUACAUUUGUAGAUACUAACUAUUAAAGUUCAGAUUUUAGUGGCAUAAUAUCAAGUGCCAAUUUCGGCUUCUAUAAAUCAAUUACUAUUGUUUGAAUAGUUUGUCUCAUAAGCAUAAAAUUCCAUUUGGACAUUGAUGCAGUGUU